AUGGGUUUCUUCUCCUUUGCAAGCCGUGGUGCGGCGAAGAAGAUUCUGCUAAACCCCCCGAAGAGUUUCCAUGACUGGAAACCUAAGUUCUUCUUCAUCCGUGAAGAGGUUUUGCCGAUUGCCAUGCCCUUUAGGGAUUGGACUGAGGCAAUACCGAAGGAAGACCUUCCAAUUCCGAAAACUGCCCGGUGGUAUCAGCAAUUGAACCCAACCCCAAAUCGGGUGUUUGGGGAAAACGUUUUAGUAGCGGCUAAGAUGAGUGACCAGUGGUCACCCAACAGCAGGGAGGUUCCGGUGUUGAAGAUCGGCGAUCAAGAGGCGCAACUCUAUCAAGCUGCCUUUUCCACAUUUGGUGGUUCCAUGGGCGUGCGCCCAAUGCGCGAUGACGAGGAGAGCUGGUAUGACCAGAUCAAGGCCAACUUCAUGUAUCCGGUUGAUGGUGCCUUUGCUUCGCCGCCAACCACGACUGAAGGCUUACCGCGCACAGCUAAAACAAAAACUGGAGCGGGCGGCUCAAAAAGCUCUGGGAGCGCGGGUUCUCGUAACCCUGAUGCUGGCGCGACCCCAUCUAUGCCUGAAGACGAUGAGGCUGAAGAAGAAGAUGCUGCUGCCCAGUUGAUUGGCAGGAAAAGGGGUAGAAGCGAGGCCACGACUUCCGCGGCUACUGCUGUUGUGAUUCCCGUGGUUGGGAAAACGAGCAACCUGCGCUCGUUGUAUAGGUUUUCUCCUGAGAUCAAGAAGAAGACCCCUGAGAAGGGUGUCAAGUUCAGUGAGCCAGGGGUGAAAAGGCCGAAGAUUACCAUCAAGUCUUCUGAUACUGCUGCUCAGGACGCUGCGAAGGCUGCCGAGGCGCAGCGAAAGGCAGAGGAGAAUCAGAAGAGAGAAGAAGAAAGGAAAAAGAAAGUUGAGGAGGAGAAGAGGAGGAAGGAUGGAGAAGAGAGGAAGAAGAAGGCGGAGGAGGAGAAGAGGAGGAAGGAUGAAGAAGAGAGGAAGAAGAAGGCGGAGGAGGAGAAGGCAGCCGAAGAGGCGAAGAAAAAGGCCUUGGAGAAGGAGUUGGCACAGAAGAAGGCUAUGGAUUAG